AUGGCUCACUCACGCUUCAGCCCUGCUCACUUGUCCGGGUGUCCGCUCGCCACCGCUCCUGAACUCCCCAGUUCUGCGUCUUCUGACGCUGCAAUCGACGCUGACGACCAGCACGAAACACUCACGAAACAUGUCUACAUCCCGCAGGAACUACUGGACAGCAUCAUCGACUGCCUGCACGAUGACAGCGAGAGCCUGCGCGCAUGCGCUUUGACCGCUCGGUCAUGGCGCCCCCGCAGUCAAACCCACAUUCACCACACCCUCAAGGUGACGUGCAGGUGGCAAUGCACGCAGGCCGAGAACGUGUACAGCGACCCGGCGUUGGCAUCGUGUAUACGAGAACUUCACAUCCAGGACUUGUCACUCAAGCGCUACGGUGACAGGGAGCACUGGGUGGACCAGUGCGUUCCCGCGAUGCUUUCGAAGCUUAACCAGGACCACCCGCUCGCCAUUGAGUCGGUCAUCAUACAGAAUGGGCACGACAUCGAGUGGGGCAGCCACCCGGACCCUUUCUUCCCCAACGUAACCAAGUUGACUGUUCGCCGGCUGGACUUCCGCGUCGGCGCUGAAUUCACCUCUUUCAUGCGCCACUUUCCGCGAGUCUCUUCUCUGACCCUCGACGACUUCACCAUUGCCUACAGGACCCGCGACAUAGCUGCGCCCGGCCCUCGACCCCCACUGCGCGAUCUCGAGAUCUGCAGCAGCCCCGGCCAGGAGUUCUUCAUGAACUGGUUUCUCCACCAGUCCCCGGAGGACAUUCAACUACAGAGUUUCGUCUAUCCCAUCGAGCGCUGGCAGGUUCGUGCGCCUAAACCGUCUCUCAAAGCGCUCGGAGCGUCGGUCAAGGAUCUGACGAUUGUGUUCGCCUUCGCAUCGCCACACUAUCUGUUGAAGGGCGACCCGCUUUUGCCACACCUCUCUUCCCUCCGCAAUCUGACAUUCGAUCACACCACGCUCUUCGGCACGUUGUACGGCCCGCCCUCUAUCCCGGUUCUGCUCAAGGAGAUCUCUGCGGCUCACGUCAGCACUGUGCGGUUCCGCUUCAUGCUCGACAACCAGUACACGCCGCUUGAGCAGAGCGUCGAAAAGCUGGAGCGUAUCAACUUGGGGCACGCUGACACCAUCCUUGAUGACUUGCAGCCUUUCCACGAGCUCCAGGACGUGACCGUCCAGAUCUGCUCCCGCGACUGGGCGAAACUCAUGCGGCUGCCCGACGCCGACGAUUGGAUCGCAGCCGACACCGAACAGAGGCGCGUCUUUUCCGAGAAGUACUGUGUCACAUCGCGGCGGCCGACUGACCUCUCUGCGCUGCGGGCGUCUAGUCCCGAGCGUGAUCAUCAUCCAGACCCGGAGGUAGAGAGGGUGCACCGGGAAGCUGAGCUGAGCUUGGAACGGGGCAACAUCCGGCGCGCGCGGUCAGACUACGAGAAGGCGAGAGACACUUGGGACCAGGCGACGAGCGUGGUCCAAAAAGCGUUGCCGACGAUGGCGUCCCGCAAAAUGCUCAGGAUCGAGCCUCUGGAUGAUGCCGCGCCUGAACGACUGUCGAGUCAGCCGAGGUAUUAUAAUGCUUAUCAGUACGAGCGUGCGCAUCGUGUUUUGUUCCAGUGA